AUGAUAGAUUUUAUGGGUUUAGAUUUAGAUUUUUGGUCACACUUAUAUAUAAAUGAUAUAAUGAAAGAUUUUAUGGGUUUAGAUCUAGAUUUUUGGUCACACUUAUAUGAAAACAGUUUUAAUGAUCUUGGAAUUAUUAAUAAAUUUAAUAAAUACAUGUAUACAGUACAUAGGAUUUAUUUUCUUUCAAACCUUAUAAAUUUGGAUAGUGUAUAUUUAAAAUUUAAAGAAAGUGAUCCAAAUAGCUUAACAGGAUAUAUAUUAAACUUUAAAAAUCAAACAUUUAAUUUGAGUUUGCCCAAAAUUUCAGGAGUUUUUAAAAACGAUGCAUACUAUUACUUUUAUUUAAAAAUAAAUAUUAAAAACUUAUCAUCCAAUAAAUGUUUCAUAAAAUUUGUAAUAAUUGAUGAUGAGGAUUGCAAUAAAAAUUUGGAACAUAUCCUUAUAUAUGAAGAUCUGUUAAAAUUUAAUUCAUUAGGUUGGAUUGAAUAUAGAUUUCCAUAUAUAAAGUGGAAAUACAAUUAUUCGCAAAUAGAUUAUGUUCGAUUUCAUCAAUUCAAAUAUAAAGAACAAUAUAAUGAAGAAAAAACUAAAAUAGAUAAUAUGCUAUCGUCAAAUUAUAAAAAUGUCCCAGAAGUUUUCAGGGAUAAGUUUUUUUCAAGAAAAGAAAUGGAAAAUUUGCUUGAAUUAAAAGAUAUUACAGGAUGA